CGGUUUCCGGGCUGGGCUUAAAGCAGUGUUGCGAGCUAUGUGGUGUUGGCAGCGUUUGUUGAUUUUUGGCGGGGUAUCGCUUCGGGGUGGUGGCGGGGCCAGUGUACCGCUUGCGGGAAGCCGAGUGUUGGUUUGUCGGCGCCAGUUAUCUGGCGCUGACAGUGAGACCCUAAAACAAAGAAGAGCACAAAUCAUGUCCCGAGGACUUCCAAAGCAGAAACCAAUAGAAGGUGUAAAGCAAGUUAUAGUUGUGGCUUCUGGAAAAGGUGGAGUUGGAAAGUCUACUACAGCAGUGAACCUUGCACUUGCACUAGCAGCGAAUGAUUCGUCAAAGGCCGUUGGCUUGCUAGAUGUGGAUGUGUAUGGCCCUUCAAUUCCGAAGAUGAUGAAUCUGAAAGGAAAUCCAGAAUUAUCGCAGAGCAACCUAAUGAGGCCUCUUUUGAAUUAUGGUAUUGCUUGUAUGUCUAUGGGCUUCCUGGUUGAAGAGACUGCACCAGUUGUUUGGAGAGGCCUUAUGGUAAUGUCAGCUAUUGAAAAACUGUUGAGGCAGGUAGAUUGGGGCCAACUCGACUAUUUAGUUGUUGACAUGCCACCAGGAACUGGAGAUGUGCAGAUAUCAGUCUCACAGAAUAUUCCCAUUUCAGGUGCUGUGAUUGUCUCCACACCCCAGGACAUUGCGCUGAUGGAUGCUCGCAAGGGUGCUGAGAUGUUUCGAAAAGUCCAUGUGCCUGUCCUGGGCCUUGUCCAAAAUAUGAGUGUUUUCCAGUGUCCAAAAUGUAAACAUAGAACUCAUAUUUUUGGUGCUGAUGGUGCAAGAAGACUAGCACGGACCCUUGAUCUUGAUGUUCUAGGAGACAUUCCCUUACAUCUUAAUAUAAGGGAAACUUCAGAUACAGGCCAGCCGAUUGUGUUUUCGCAGCCUGAAAGUGAUGAGGCCAAAGCUUACCUGAGGAUUGCUGCAGAAGUGGUAAAAAGAUUGCCACCACCUCUAGAGUGAGUUCCCCAAGUGUUCUGGAAAUUUGCCUGAUGCUUAGCAAUAAGACGACUUUUGGAAAUAGCAGUGUGGUGAUGAAACCUACAGGAAUAAUAGCAAUCAUAGUUGUUUUCUUGUAUUUCUAAAGAAAUAAUAUGUCUUAUUUUUAGAUUUGAUUUGCUAAGCAAUGACUCACAAAUACAAUUUUUAUAUAUCAAUGCUAACUGCUACAUUUAGGAAUUUUUCUGAAAGCUGAUGUGUACCAACUGCACAGAAAUGCGUUUUAUUUUAAUGAACGACCCUUUGGGGAAUCAUGAGUUUGUGUUAGAAGCCCAACCUUCCAUUGAGGAAAGAACUGUGCUCUUUUUGUGGGACUACAGCAUUAGUCAUUUAAAGGAUUUACUAAAUUUGUGUGCUGAUAUAAGUAUGACAACUCUCCAUCAGUCAGUUUGGUCUAGAUUUAAAUCUUGCCUUGGACUAUCUUGGACACAUUCUUAAUAUAAAUAAACCUCUGCUUC